AUGGACCUCGGCGAGAAUGUCAACACCCCCACGACUCGUCUCCUGACACUACUAAAUGUAUCUGCUUUGAAAAGCAGAAAGAGAACACGGGAUGAGGAUUCUCCAGCUCCCGAGAAGUUGAACAAGCGGAAGACAGUUAAGAUUGCAGAAGAUAUUACCUUGGACCCAGGCCCCUCAAUAUUACACGACAGGACUAACAAUGGCAUAGAUGACGAAGUCAUUGGGGGUAAUGAAGAAAAUGACGAAGUAAAUUCACGAGAUGUCACUUCGUUAUACGAACAGCAUUAUGGACCAAAUACCGAGCUUGUAUCAGAUGCAUCAAGAGAAUCUGUGGAUCAACGACGCUGGACGUCUUCAAGGGAGAAAGUUGGAGAAUUACCAACUGUGUUUAAUUUACGAAACGAAGAUAUCACCCCUCCAUUGAAAAAACUGGCCAAAAAAACAGCAAUAUCAGAGCGUUUGAGGGGCCCAUUUCAGGCGCGACAAGCGAAGCAGUCAUCAGAUCAGAGGCAGAUACAAGAUGAUCUACUCUCGAUCUUGUCUGCCCAUCUUGAUCUAUAUAAUCCUGCGCUUUCUCUGGAGGAUCACAGAAGUGUACGAGAUGUAGUUGCAUUACACGUGCUGGACCAUAUCACAAAAAAGCGAAGACGAGUUUUGAAAAACAAUGAACGUCUUGCACAUGCGAAAGCAGCUUCAGUCUCACCUCCAGAGGACGUUCAAGAUCAAGGUUUUACUCGACCCUCCGUACUCGUUCUUCUCCCGUUUCGUUCGUCGGCAUUCGCUUGGCUUGAAUCAUUAACCACACAUACGCCCUCUCCUGCAUAUCAAAUUGAAAACCACUCCCGUUUCCUAUCUGAGUAUGCUCUUCCACCCGACGCGGUCGAUAAACUGGCAGUUGCAGAACCUGGGGCAUAUCCUCGAGAUCAUAUUGAGACGUUCAAGGGCAAUGUCGACGAUAAUUUCAGAAUUGGGAUUAAACUAACAAGGAAAAGCGUCAAAUUAUUCGCCGAUUUUUAUGGUUGUGAUAUCAUAUUUGCAAGUCCACUCGGUUUGAGGAUGUCAAUCGAGAAAGAAAAAAGCGCAGAUUUUCUAUCAUCAAUCGAGAUAUUGGUGAUAGACCAAAUGAACGCACUUGCAAUGCAAAAUUGGGAGCAUGUCCAGUAUGUCCUUUCAAACAUGAACAACCUGCCAAAAGAUUCCCAUGACGCGGACUUCUCGCGUAUCAAGCCAUGGUGUUUGGACGGCCAGCAUGAUGGCUUAGUCUCCGCGAGUUCUGCAUACCUUCGACAGUCCAUCCUCUUGUCACCUUUUGAGAUGCCAGAAUUGAGGGCGCUGUUCAACACCACGCUCAAAAAUACUGCAGGGAAGGUCAGAGUCGAAAAAAUAUGGCCUGCCAUACAGGUUCCACAAUCUAUCGACCAAAUGUUUGUUCCUGUCGACUGUGCGAACCCUAGGGACGAACCCGAAAAGAGAUUUAUUUAUUUCACCACUCAGCUAUUACCAAGGGUACUCAAAUCCGCAGUACAAAGUGCCAACACAGUGAUCUUCAUACCUUCAUCAUUUGAUUUCAUACGCGUGCACAACUACUUCCGGAAGCAGUCUUCCCUGAGCUUCGCUGUACUAUCUGAAUACUCCACCAACCAGGAAAUUUCUCGAGCACGAGAAAGUUUUUUCUCCGGUAAAAAGGCAUUUUUACUCGUUAGCGAGCGGUUCCAUUUCUACCGCAGAUACAAGAUCAGAGGCAUUCGCAAUAUCAUUUUCUACGGCCCUCCAGAACACCCUCAGUUCUUCUCCGAAUUCCUGUCUUUCCCAUUCCUCGAUGAUGGGGUGGAGGCCUCUGAUAUAAUGUCAAGAGUGAUGUAUUCCAAGUAUGAUAAGUUCAGGUUGGAGAGGAUUGUUGGGACAAAAGGUGUAAAAAGUCUUUUGGAAGGUCUUCUGUAA